CAGACAGUCUGUUUUUGCUGCAGUGAACGGUAACCGUGGAGAGGCAGAGAUAGCCUACAAACAGUGGGGAAAGAGCGAAGGAACAAAGCAGGAGAAGCAAGAAGAAACUGGGAGAUUAUUCCAAGAAAAUAAAAAGAGAGAAGGGACAGCGGUGGGGGAGAAAAAUAAAUAAAUAAAGAAACCUGCGCAUCAGAAGGAGAGUCAUUAUUGAAAGGGACCUUACUGGAAACCAGCAACAGAACCGGACUCCGGAGGAGGAAUAUUACGGUGACACUCCAGAGCCUCUCUGCCCUCCUGAGCUUUCAGUGAGACAGGCGGAUCUGCGUGCCCGGCCAUGGCCUUCCCAUCAGCCCCCUCUGCUCUAUGGAUUGUCAGCUUAUUGACUGCACUAUUCGCAGCUGCGGUUCACAGCAACAUUGUCAAUGAUGAAGACCCGCUGCAGCCCAUGACCUCGGAUGAGACCGUGUCCGUCGGCGGCAUGGUCACAUUGACCUGCCGAGUGGCAGAGACUGACAACUCCUCACUGCAGUGGUCAAACACUGCGCAACAGACUCUGUACUUCGGAGAGAAGAGAGCCCUGAGAGAUAACCGCAUCCAGCUGCACCGCUCAACUCCCACGGAGCUUUCCAUCAACAUCUCCGACGUGCAGCUGUCUGAUGAGGGCGAGUACACCUGCUCCAUCUUCACCAUGCCGGUCCGCACGGCCCGGGCGACCGUCACCGUUCUAGGUGUGCCCGGUACGCCUCAGAUCUCUGGCUUUGAAAAUCCAGUGCCAGAGGGCGAAAAAGUCACCCUCACCUGCACCAGCACGGGCAGCAAGCCCCCUGCCAAGCUGCGCUGGUACAAAGGAGACAUCGAGGUGCAAGGGCGCCCUGACGUAGUCGAGUCCGUUCCAGAUGACCCCACUUACAACGUCAGCAGCGAGCUCACCCUGGAAGUGACUGCUAACGACGAUGACACCAAAAUCUCCUGCGUUGUCGACCACGACUCUGUGAAACAUGGGGAGAAGAAGAGUGAGCAGUCUCUGCGGGUGUUGUAUGCCCCUGAAGUAGCAAUCACCCCUGAGGAGAGGAUGGCAAUAGAGGGGCAGAAGUUUUCUCUGCAGUGUUCAGGCAAAGGCAACCCUGAGCCCACCAUCUACUCCUGGGAGAAGGCGGAGGGAGAGCUCCCCCCACUGGCCAAAGCCGAUGGUGCUUUCUUGUCCUUUUCAGUGCUCAACAAAUCAGAUAACGGCAUAUACAUCUGCCAUGCUGACAACGGCAUUGGGAAGGGCAGAGGGAGCUACACACUUCAGGUGCAAGACGACCCCGACUCCUCAAACGCAGUUACCCCCACGUUUCUCCCCACGUUUCUCCCCACUUCCAUCUCUCCCUCCUCCCCACCUGACAUCUUCCAAGGCUCAGGGUCAGACUUCAGUGACUUCAUCUCCACCUUUUCCCCUGACUCCUCCCCUUUGACGGCUGUGAUCUCAACCACCGUCCCGCCAUUUUUCACCACCACCCUCUCCAACGCCCUUUUCCCUGACCUGCCCUUUUCCCCUGACUCCUCCCCUCUUAUUCCUCCAUCCCCUGCGACUCCCUCCCUCUCAUCCCCCACCCCCUCAGUUUCCGUCCAGACGAACGGAGUUUACACUUUCACAGUUGAUGCACGCAACUUGACAGACACGACAGCCAUGUCAGCAUCUUCGGGCGUGGACCACGCUGUGAUCGGAGGGGUGGUGGCUGUUAUCGUCUUCAUUCUGCUUUGCCUCCUCAUCGUCCUCGGCAGAUACCUCAUCAGACACAAAGGAACGUAUCUGACCCACGAGGCCAAGGGUUCCGACGACGCCCCUGACGCCGACACGGCCAUCAUCAACGCUGAGGGAGGUCACUCUGGAGCCGAAGAGAAGAAGGAGUACUUCAUCUAGAUGGGCGGGGGGACAGAGUGGUGGUGGGGGGAGAAAGCGAGGAGGAGGAGGAAAAUUUGGAGGAUCCAGCUGGAGGAGAGAGGAAAGGAAAAACCUCCAUUUGUUUUCACAACAGCUUCAGUUCUUUACUCUGUUGAAGGGAUGUUGGCAAGGGAAGGGAGGUAAAGAACUGUGGGCGGAGCUUCAACUACCCUCUUUGCAUUGAUACAGGGAAGUGAGAUCUUUUGCACUGACAUUCGGAUGAACUGAAGUUACACACACACACAUGCACACGCCAACACACACGUACACAUACAUGAUUCAGUUCUUGUUUUUCCGCACAGACUUGAACGCUCGUAGAUGCUCAGAUUAACAAAGGCGAGCUUCCUACUAACAUCCUGAUCCAUUAUCACAUCCUCACACAACCAUCCCUUUUUUUCUACUGUCAGCGCAGUGAAAAAGCAAAAUUGUAAACCACAUUCUGACAUCGUCAAGACCUCUUUCCUCCACAGUGCAGCCCAAAGCGGGUCUGCCCCCUUCACGUUCCUGUCCUCAUUCUCUCUAUCAGAACAAGGCAGAAUCCCUCCUUAAACUUGCUUAGGGUAGACAAAAUUAUUGAUUCGAAAACUUUAAUCUCCUUCCAUCUUUUUUUAAUCUUUCUAUGCCAUCAAACUGCUUCCUGCGGACGAUCAGAUCUUUCCACAACGCACCACCACAAAAACUUGCAAAAAUAGCAUUCCCACCUUGCGCUGCCAAGCCCAGGGCCUCCAGUAUACAUAUAUAAAUAUAUAUAAAUAUAUAAAUAUAGAGUUAUAUAGCAUUCUUUUUACUUGACAGAAAACAUUCGGUGUGUUGUAAAUACACUUUCUGUUCUGCUAUUUUUCUGCAUUCUGUCACUCUUCGGUGCCCUCUAUCCUCUCUCAUGCAACCCGUUACUGCGUCACAGCAACUUAUAUACUCAAAAAUAAAAUAAAAAAAAAAGCCUGCCUGUUUUUAUUACAUGCGUGAAAAUUCAGAGUCAAAACAUUUAUUAUCUUUGGGCUUAAAAAAACAAACAAACAUGUAACAACCAUGAUGUUGCAAUGAAAACUAACAUUAACUGCAAAUAUUUGUACAAAGAAUGUUUUUCCUAUUGGUUUGUUUGUGUUUUCUAAAUUUCUUUUUGGAUUUUUUUAGGGAGAUUUUGUGUUUCCUGUCAGCGUCUUGUUGUGUUACCGUCAGUGUUAAGAGUUUACAGUGUCUGCUGGUUUGUCAGUUCAAACGUCUUUUUAUUUGGACAUUUCUUUGCUUCUUUUGUUGUGCCGUGCUCCAUGGCGACAGCUUCUCCCUGCGUUGUCAAACCGAACUCUAAUCGGUAGCCAAGUCUGAGUUAAACAUUCAAAAUGAGUUUAAUAGAGUUUCUUUCUUGUCUUUCAUGUAGUUUCUCUUCAAACUCAGCCUGCUGAACCUAACUUUCACCUUCAGAUCGCCUUUCUUGGCAAGGCCAUCUGGCUCUAACUCCACUGAGUAGGGGCUUCACUGGCUUUCUCUAAGAACCUGCCAUGUUUGCUGCUCCGGGGUUGAGAAAAUGCUCACAGGACCUAACAGGGCUGUCUACAUGCAUUAUAACCAAGUUCCUGGAAAAAAAGGGGGGGAGAAAAUCUCUUCCCGCUCUGGUUUUCUUGUGUGAGCAGGACUCAUUCGCCAGCUUAACGAAAGAUUCCCAUAAACGAACGCUGCUUUAUUAAGGUUGAGACUUGGCCUUGGCAGUAGCAAGCCCCACUUGGCCCAGGCAUGGAAAUUGAUUGCAAUCUAACUAAGAGGCUCUGGCUGCAGGUUGUACACAUGCCAAGGCUCUGUUUGGCCAGACGAGGAUUUCAGGCUGAUCUAACACUCCAGAAAGUCAUUUAGGGAACCUAAUGUCCUCUUCUACUUUUCUCCUUCCCCCUCCACUCGUCUAUUUCUUUUCAUACUUUAAUCAAUCAAGCUGUCUGUGUCCUGAUCCACCUUCACCCUGUCUCCCCUCCUCUCGUUGCUCCUUCCUUCCUCUUCCCUCCAUCUCCUUGCCUGUCUUUAGCUCAUUGAGAAGCCUGUGUAGAUGGAGCUGUGUGAACUGAAAGCUCUCUGCUGUAGUAGCAUGUUGGUGAUGAAUCACUGGUCAGUUUUACAACCUUCACUACAAAAAAACACUAGUGCAAAUAUUUUAGCGCACUUGAAAUAUGACUAGUAACAUACAACUAACAUACAAAUAACUUUUCAGCAUAGAAGAUUGUUUUAAGUAAAUAAUUCCUUAAUAUUGAUUUGGAAAAAUCCUUUUUUCCACUGAUGGAUGUUUUGAUAUAUAACAAGGUAUUUCCAUAAAAUAAGUAAUCUGCCAGUGGAAUUACUUUUCUAUAAUUAUUAAGGAAUUAUUGACUAAAACAAGCUCCUACAUUUUGCUGAAAAUUUGUUUGUAAGUUAUUUUUGUCUUAUUUCAAGUGUUCUAAGAUAUUUAAAAAUACGUGGCAAGAUUUUGUGUUUUUGCAGGAUUCCUGUAUUGAGUGUUUCUGCUACCUAAGAGGGUUUUGUGAGUUUUUACUGAAAGAAUUAUUGGCUUGGAAGUGUUUAGCUGACGCAGAUAAUAGUGUUUUUGGUAUUUGGUGAUGCAGCCAUACUGUUGCCUCAAAAGUACAGCAUCAUGGGUUCAUACCUCCUGCUGCUUGAAGUUUGCAUUUUGUCCCUGCACCUGCCUGAGUUUCCUCCAGGUUCUCCUUCUGCAAGUCCAAAGACAGGAUGAAGUUAGACUGCGAGUGUGCAUGAGCAAAUCAUCAUCCCAGUUCGUCUCUUUGUGUUGGCCCUGUGACGGACCAGUAGCCUUUCCAGGGUGUGCUCUUCCUUUGCCCUGUGGCAGCUGGGAUAGGCUGCGUCACGGGCGUACAGCCCCUACAGCAGUGGUACCCCAGGUCUGGUCCCCAGAGUCCACUGUCCUGCGUGUUUUGGAUCAGUGGUUUUCAAACAUUUUUUAAUAAGCACUACCUCUGUAAAUACUAAUGUUGCCAAGCACCACCAUGCUGGCACUUUUUUCAGUACUGCAUCCGGAUUUUGACUUUGCAGUUUUCAUCUAUUGGGUCUGGAUGCUUGGAUCAAGGAUUUAAUUAUGCAUACCAUUAUUCGUUAGUUGACAUUUUCAAAUUGGAAAGAUAAAUGUGAAGGUCUUCUGUAGUUUCCCAACAACCUGUACCUAAAAAUCCAAUAUGGCUCCAGCCAGUUGAAACCAAAAAUAAUAAACAGUUAAUUGUCAGUGCGCAUCUAAGUUUAGUAUCAGAUUGUGGUCUGCAACCUCUAUUAGUGAACAAAAUCUUUUAGUGUUCAGUUAAACAAUAAAUAAUAAUUAUUGUUCUUUUACUGGCUGCAUUAUGCGUUAUGCAUAAAAAUGCCUUUUUUUCUAAAACAGGUUAUUAAUUUAAAUAUAUACACGUCACAAAACAUACAUUUAGUUGUCUGAUAUGAAAAUCAGCUAAAAUAGGCAUUAUUUCAAAGGACUUUGACUAAGAGAUGUCAGCAAGAUGCUCCCAGUAUAAUCUUUGGUAUGUGUUGAAAUUGUGUGAACGAAUUCAUUAUUGAAAUCUUAAAUUUCUUGAAAUACGGACAAAUACUCUUUUCUUUUGAGCAGUUUCUGUUUGAAGCUGAGAUUAUCUUCGAUUCAACUCAACUCAAAAAUACUUUUUUGAUCCCAAAGAAAUAUUAAUAAUGGUUCAAAUGACUCAUAUAAUCCAAGCAUCUUCAAAGAGUCGUUUUGGAUGUUGACGCUGUGGGCAGAAAAAAAAUCAAUCUAAAGGAUCCUCUAACUGAAGACUGUUACUGUCACAGUCACAACAUGAAAACAGCUCAAUAUUCAGGUAACAGAGAUGAUAUUUUACAGCAACAAGUCUUGGAUAACACCGUCGGUUUUUGGCCGGGACUGCUAAUCCACCUCAGUUGCUUUUGCCGCUCCUUUCUAAAUCUUUGUCUGGCCGCAUUUUUAGAAAGCCGGGAAGAGAAAUGUUAGGAUCCGGGAUGUGAUCCUUGUCACCUCCUUUUCAACUCCUCUGGGAUUUUGAGUCCGGCUUUAUUUAAGCUUUGAGACCCUAAUUAUCUGCAUCUGGUCACAAAAAGUAUAUCUUGUUGCCACAGUUGCGCAUCAUAAGUUUCUGAAAGUGAAAAAAGAGCAAAUUUCUUUCCUGCUAUACAACAUCAUCCAAAACAGAGGGAUUAAUUGUCCAAACAUGUAAUGCCUCAUCCAUCAAUACUGACAAAUGUCCUCAAAAAGAUCAAAUCAGAACUAACAGGACAGAGCUACUGCACUCUGCUUCCACCACACAAAUUAAUUUAUGUAAAAGGAAUUUAAAAGGAUAAUAAUAAAUUUUUUCUUAUGAAAAAUCUGAAUCUGCAUAAUCUGUAUAUAUUUACUAUGUCAAAAUUCAGAAAAAAGAGCAAUUUGCACUUCGCUAAAAAUUCCUCCAAACGAGUUGUAGCUUAAGAUUUCACUGGUGAUGUUUACCUUCUCCUCUCAGUAAUUAAUAUCUCUAGCUUACAUUUAAAGUUGAAUGGAAACAACUAGGAAGAACUCAGAGAAAUGUUACAUUACCCAUAAAAAAUACUGCAGAACUAUAUUUGGAGUAAUAGUAACAACAUAAUUGUUGUGGAUGUCUAAUGAUCACAAAUACACCACAAAUAUAGUCACUCUGUAAAAAAUUGCUACAUGUCUUCAGUUACCAAAAUCUCUGUUUCCAAUCUGGUCAAGAUGAGCAAACAAGGGAAAUAAUUGUGAAUUUCCCAGUUAACACACACCAGGGUUAUAAAGCAAGUUAUGGAUUAUAAAAAAGGCUUCUGAGGAACUUGGUGGCACGCUAAGGAUGCGGUCUUUGAAAGUCUAUGUGCUGGAGCAAUACGUCUUCAAAAAGUGCAGGAUAUAGGGAUCAGGGUCUGGGGACCACUACUUUAUGGGAUAAAGAGGGCAAAGCUGAUGGAUGGGGUUUUUUAAUAUAGUUUUUUUUAUUUUGAGUUUGAGUCAGCUUUUCAUCUCUGUUAUGGUUGAAGAGCAGAGAAUCAGCUCUGUCUCAGAGAGCUUGUUGCACACUUCAAAGACGUUAGCAUUGAACUGUAUUUAGCCUCAGUCCACUGUAACUCUGCUCAUGCUGGAGAGAGGAAAUACUUGCCUCCUACUUAAAGUAUACUGUCUUUUUAAAAACUAAUGGACCUGUAUUUGCCUGUAAUUUAUCGUCCUGUUCUUUGUCUUAGUUAAUGUGCUAGCAUGUAGCUUGCAUGAGGAAUGAUUGGAAAGUGUAGAUACUACUGGAGACGAGAAGUGCCGACAAGCCACUCUCCUGAGACUUCGCUGCUCCCUCUGUUCUGCAAACAUAUGCUGUGUCCCAGAUAAAUCCGCCUGUAACCUCCUCAUCUCUGCCGCCCAACCAAGUACAACUCUUUCUGCUUUUUCCUCCAACACCCCAACAUGAAAUCUGCAUUUUUUGUUGAACUGGGAUGCGCAGUCAGUGAAACUGUAUUUUCUAGCUUGGAUGUGGUACCGACUAACUGUCCCCAGGUGCCAGCAAAGCAUCACUUCUCUUCUCCGUCUUCAGUCAGUUUUAGCCGGACUGUCCCUCACUCAGAGUCAUCAUCUCCUCUUUAAGCAGUUCCAAACAAGCUGCCUGUCAUUUUCCCCAUUUUGUAGAGGAAACUAUUUACUUUUUAAGUCAUGUUUUUUAAAAGCUGUGCAUAAUCAUCAGUGUUUGAGUUUCAAUUUGGUUGAUUAUCUUAUUUUUUUUAUUUAGAUUUCCCAAAACUUGAAUGUUAGAAUUGUAGUAUUUGCAUUUAUUUUCUUGUUUCAGCAACCAUUUUUAUAAUUUUUCUUGUAUAUAGUGUUGCCUUUCUGGAAACUCUUACAUGCAGACCCAUACAAACACUUUACACACACACUAUGGAUGCAUUAACACACACAUACAUGAAUAUGCACAGCAGGUAUGUCUGCUCCUGUGGUGUGUGUGUGCGUGUACUUUAGUGUGUGUGUAUGCCUGUGUUUGUGGAUGAGUGUGUAUCAAAUGACCCAAACAGACUCCAGAGACACUCUUAAUGUGUUGCGUUCACAAAAAUAUUUUUAUUUCCAUGAUAAAAAAAAAAAGAAACCUAUUUUUUUUCUUAUUUGGAUGAUAAGUCUUCCUUUUGAGUAAAUAUUCAUAUCACAUGGAAGUAGUGUUGUUGUGUGUGUUAAUUUGUAUAAAAAAGGCAGAUGAUGUCAUCAGUGCGCAACCCAGACAGAUGCUGUGAUGGGGUUUGAAACUGUUGACUGAAAUGUUCCAAAAAAUAUUAGGUUUUGUUUUGUUCUCCUUCUCUUUUUGUUAGAAUAUGAGUUGAGUUGUUGACUUCAAUAAACAUGAAUUUGGGUUAA